CCGGAACUUCACAGUGUGACACCCGGCGGAUGUAAACAAAGAAGCAUGAGCAGAGUUUGCUUCACUGCUGUGUGGACUGAGCUAUAAAACGGCUGUAUUAUAGUAUGAAUGAGAAAUAUCAGAGCGAUAAAGUAACGAUGUGUUCAGUUGAGUAUCUGAGAGAGUUGAUCAGCGACAGACUAGCUGCUGCUGCUGGAGAAAUAUUCUCAGAGUUUGAAAAAACCAUCGUCCAGUACCAGGAGGAGAUCGAUCGUCAGCGCAGACUGCUGGAUGUCAUCUGGAAACCACACAUCCCCUUACAACCCAUAGAGCUCCCACAGUCUUAUGUCUGUGAGAAUGAGAAGACUGUUGUUGACCAUCAGCCCCAUGACCAGGAGAGAAACUCCAUGGUGGACCAUGAAGACCCAGAGCCUCCACGGAUUAAAGAUCAGCAGGAGGAACUCUGCACCAGUCAGGACCAAUCAAACCCAGAGAUUUCUCAAAUUAAAAUGGAACAGGAAGAAUUGUGCACCAGUCUGGACCAAUUAGACCCAGGGUUACCACAAAUUAAAGUGGAACAGGAUGAACUCUGCUCCAGUCAGGAGGAAGACUUAAUAGGAUUGAAACAGGAGACUGAUACCUUUGAGGUGACUCCUGCUGAUGAGGAAAGUGACCACAGUGAACCAAAACCAAACAGUGAUCAGCUCCUGUUUCACAUCUCUUGUGUAGCUGAGAGCCCAGAUCAGGAAGGAAGCAAGGAUGUAGACUCAGGAUCAACUAGAUGUAUCGAGCAGAAACCAAGACAUCAGAGUAACAACAGUCACAGUAAUGAUGUAGACAAUGCUCCAACAUCAGCGAGACAGUGUGAUAAUGACAAGGCAAGAAAAUGUACAACAUGCGAGGUGUGUGGAAAAGCUUUUAGGCGUAAAUCAAAUUUAAUUAGACAUCACAGAACUCACACAGGUGAGAAGCCGUAUUCUUGUGAAACCUGUGGAAAAAGCUUCAGUCAACGGCACUCUUUGACUGACCACAUGAGAUGUCACACAGGUGAGAAACCAUAUGUUUGUCACAUUUGUGGAAAAAGAUUUUCUGGUUCAUCAGCUCAUUAUAAGCACAUGGCAGUUCACAAAAUGGGAAAGCCAUAUUCUUGUGGAACCUGUGGAAAAAACUUCAGUCAACGGUCCUAUUUGACUGUCCACUUAAGACGUCACACAGGUGAGAAGCCAUAUUCUUGUGGAACCUGUGGAAAAAGCUUCAACUGUCGUUAUCGAUUAAAAGCCCACAUGAGAAUCCACACAGCUGAGAAGUUGUGAUCCUGAAACAUCUGUGAAAAAUAAAAAAGAACUAAGCUUGAAACAACAUGGAAGAAUUGGUACAGAUUAAAAGUAGAUGUUUUAGAUUUAAAGCAGCUCGAGUCUGUGCUUCAACAACAGUUGUGAGGAAGUAUGUAAGCCAUCCUUGAUGAUUAGACCAGAUGGAGUCUGGACUGUGGUGGUGGUGGAGCAGGCAGAAGAACCAAACUGAAUGUCUGGAUGGAUAUGGUAUUGGUACAGACUGCUACAUUUCUGCUAUCAUGACAUCCUUCAUCAGCAGAACACUGAUUGGAGAUAAUGUGAAGCUCUUUGGAACAUUUUCACAUCCUGCUGAGAGAACAUGGCUGUUCAGGUGUGAACAUACUGCUGGAAUCCACUCAGCUUGAGCUCUGCUGUCUUUCUAGUAAAAGGAGGCAACGAGAUACAGAGACAUUGUGACAGUAGGACACAACAGAGUGUGUCACUGCAGCAGAGGAGAUCUGGACGUGAAAUAAAGUUGUAAUAAAACGUCUACAGCUCCAUGACUGCUUCAUGAAAUGUUUUGAAUGUUUUCAAACAGAUGAAAAUUUACAAGUUGUUUCAUAAUUAAUGUAACAUUGAAGAGCCCCAGCAAGAAUAACUCUGAGUCAGAUAUCAAAGACAUAACCAACAUUAUUAUGUUUUCAACCAACAGACAUGUGGUUUUACUAGUAGUAGCUGAUACACUCCUGCAAAUGUCAAAACCAGAAAUGUUAAAAACAGGUGAAGCUGUGCUGCAGUUUCUGCUGGUUACAUAAAGGUCUUAUGCUAUUUAUUUCUUCUGUUGUCACCACAUAGGUCAUCUGUGUGAUUUGUUAGUAGGAUCUCAUUGUGUCGUCAUACAGCACAUCGAACCCUUGUAUUGUCUGAACGUCCUGAACACUCCUCCUGUCCUCAGGGUCAGAAAUGACCUGCCUCCACUGAGCCUCUAAAAUAGAGCAGCUUAAUGGAGUUUUUAACCAAAAAUCUAUUUUACAUGAAGAAACAACCUGUCAUGCAUCACACACUUUGUGAAUGCCUGUUUUUGCUUCCUCAGAGGGUAGAAAGACUGUAUUUAAUCAGUGAACACCAUUCGUUUUUAUUCCAUUGUUCAUGCUGUAACUGUUUUCUUUCUUUAAGUAGAGGUUUAUUAUCACUAUUAUUGCUGCUAAAGGUACUGCAUAGGUGUAAACAUUUCUUGUUUUGCAAGAGAUAAUACUUCUAUAGCCUAAUAAAGUACCAGAAAUGUGCAGAAAUGAACUUGAAAUGCAUUUUUGAAGGGAAACAACAGUGUACUGUAUACUGUACAAUGGAAUAUAAAACUACAAAACUCAACUACCA